AUGUGGGCCCUGCAGAGGCUGGGGAGGCCCCGUCGCUGCCGAGAAGACAGCGGCAUCGGGGAGAUCAAACCGGUGGUACAUUGUGACAUAAAUGUGCCUUCCAGGUGGCAAACAUAUAAUCGUAUAUCCCGACAUAUAAAUGUUUUCACAAAUGGAAGGUUAUUUAUUCCACCUGUAAAAAUCAUUAUACCUAAAUUCAGUCUGUCCGAUUGGAAUGUCGUGCUGGCCAUGGUUGGAGAGAAAGUCUCCCCCCUGGGAGGCGUUCGGAAAUUAUUUACAAUGAAUGGGCAUCUUUUGGACAACUCAAAGGAUCUGCAGGACAACCAUUUCUAUGUCGCUGCGGGACUGGAGGCCUUCAAACACUUCCCUUACUGGAAUUCUCCACGGGUUCCCAGCGAGGUCCAACAAAGGUACGCGGAUAUUGAAAAAUACCCACCGAGAAAGAAAACGGUGGAUUCCAAAGGGAAAGAACCUCACAAAUAUGACAACAAGCCGCCUGAAGCGCAGGAUUCUGUUUAUUAUGCCAAAGAAGAAAAGAAAACGUUGGUAGAACCUUUAAUCCAGCGUGGUGCAGAAGGUGACGUGUUUAAAGCACAGACGCCCAGCAAGGAAACGCAAGGGGCUCUGGACGUCAAAGAGGACCAGGACGUGCAGGUGGAGGUGCCCGUGGACCAGACACCAGCCGAGACAGUGGAAGAAGAUGAGGAAAUACAUGACAGCUCCCCUGGUUUCGAAGGCAGCAAGGAAAAAGAAGAUGAAAGGCUUUAUGAAGAUAAUGCAAGAAAG